AGUAAGUAUUUUACCGCACUACGCCGUCUGUUCCCAGCACAAACUGAACUGCGUAAGGUCUGGUUUGGAUUGGUAUACAGUAAGUCUCUCGCCCCAAGCGCUGACAUUCAGAUGUCAACUGAAUUGAGUGUUUCAGGCGAGGCGUAAAUACGACAUGGCCAGGAAAUGGACAAAACCCCACAAAAGGCUCUCGCUUUUAGCUGCCUUUUUGCCGGUGCUGGGGCUGGGCCUCGCAGGCGCGGCGGCAGGGGAGAGCAGCGCCACAUACGAGAGGAAGGGAGACGUAGAUUACGUGCCGGAAAAUUCUCUCUGUGUUCCUUGCCACAGCGUUGUAAGGUGCGCAAUGCUGUGCAACGCGAGGGACACCUGCUGGAUGUUCCUGCACGCCGCCAGCGCCUCCCAUUGCUUCCUGUACGAGGGCUUUUACCUUCGCAAAGACUAUCGUAACUACACAAUGAGUAUGUACAUCCUCCGAGGUCUCCGCAAGCUGGUGGGCGUGAGGGACGACAUGCUCUUUGACCAGGCGGAGAGUUACUGCUGGUUCCUGUCGGGCGUCAUGCACACGCCACGCAGCGCCACCGAGGCCGCGGACUUCAUGGUGCUCGUGGCCACCUACGGCUACACCGGCGCCAAGAAGGUCAGCGGCAGGUGGGUCGACCGCAGAGGAAUCGACGUGACGAGUGAUUUCGGCUUAAUGUGGGGGCGGAACCAGCCAAAUAAUUAUGCACGCUACCUUUGCACUACCGUCUCCGGAGGUAAGAUCUUUGAUGUGAGUUGUGGCCAGGGGAGGCCCUUCGUGUGUGACAUUGACACGUCGCAUCCCUAGAGCAGCUAGGGGCUGCGGCGGUUAAUCCCAGGGGCA